AUGAAGUACACAUUCUUCUUCCCAAGGCUUCUUGUUCAAUCUAUCUUGCUGGUUAUCUAUGCAAGCUUUGCUUUCGGAGCUAAUCAAUUAUCAGAAGAUGAAGUACAAGCUUUAAAGAUCAUUGGAAAGACAUUGGGAAAGGGCUGGGAUUUCACUGCAGAUCCUUGUAGCGAAGCAUCUGGAUGGAUUACUCCCUUAACAGACAGCGCAGUUGCGAGCAACGUCACCUGCGGCAAUUGUACUACUGCUGGCGAUGACCAGAUCUGCCAUGUUACAAGCAUAUCUCUGAAAGCUCAGAAUUUGGCAGGAACACUCCCACCAGAGUUGGCGAGGCUUCCCUAUCUACAAAUAAUUGACCUCUCCCGCAACUAUCUGAGUGGUACCAUCCCUCGAGAAUGGGGCUUCCUGCCGCUAAUUACCAUUUCCCUUGUUGGAAACCGUUUGACAGGUUCCAUCCCCAUUGAAAUCGGAAACAUUAGCACCCUGCAAAGUUUGAUGUUGAGGAAUUGCAAUCUUACUGGAGAGCUACCUACGCAUCUUGCAAAACUUACAGACUUGAAAAGAUUGUUAGUAUAA